AUGCCCAGCCAAUCCCGAGACCGAGACCGACCCGACAGACGCGACCGGGAUCGGGAUCGGGAUCGCGACCGCACACGUGAGCAAGAGCGCUUGCGCCGAGACCGAGAUAGGGAGUACAUCCGUGGCCGCUACGAGGACACCGACGAAGGCGCAACGUCCAGUCCUGGCAACGCGCGCACCGCAAAAUACCGCUUCCGUGGGGAAGCAGGGUACGAGUCGAACUCGCAUAAUGAACGCGAUGAUUAUGACGAGGAGCGGGAGCGGCGCAGGGAACAGAGGCGCAAACGGAGGGAGGAAGAGGCUGGACUUGCUUAUGAGGAGUCUGGGGAGGGGAGAAGACGGGAUAGGGAGCGGGAGAGGGGGAGUUCUAGGGUGAAGGGCUCACCUGCUAUGUCGCCUGCUAAACGGCCGGAUCGCGAGAGGCGGUACCGCAGAGACGAGAGUGCGAGUGCGAGUCCGGCUAGAGAUAGACGGGCCAGGGAUGUUGAUCUCGACCUUGAGGCUGAGGCGCGUCGGCGGAGACGGCGCGAGCGCGAAAGAGAAAGGGAGCGUCGGCGGGAAGUUGAUGCUGCUGCUGCUGCGGCCUCGGCGAAGAAACAUCGCAGCACUGAGUCUUCGAGUAGUGCUGCGCACCUCCUGAGUGUGGACGCUAUGGCGCGUCUUGCUGCUGAGCACGAGGAUGUGGACCGUAUCGAAAAGUCUCGCGGAGAAGAUGACUUGCGUCGGGAACGUCGACGACAGCGGAAGCGAGCUGCUUUGGACGCUGCUGCUGGUGCGGCACUUGGUGCUGAAGUUGCGCAGGGCCACUCACGCCAUAAGGCCGGCGCACGAGUUGUGUCUGGUGCUUAUUUGGAAGAAGGCCAUGGCUCUGAUGCUCGGGUUCGUCGUCGUGGCGGUGGUGGACCUGCUGUGCAAGAUCAUUGGAAAGAUGAAGACAGCUGGGAAGGCAGCUCGGACAACCGAGGGCCACCGGCUUGGAAAUUUUGGUCUAACUGGUCGAGGAAGAAACGUAUCUUGGUCGGAUGUCUCCUGGCGAUGCUCCUCUUGCUUGCCAUCAUCAUCCCGGUUGCAAUUGUUGUGUCAAAAAACAAGGGCUCAGAUUCAAAAACGAGUUCCUCCUCCGGGAACAGUUCGACUACCUCUAAUUUGGACGGUAUCAGCCGCGCAAGCAUACCAAGUUACGCCAAGGGCACCUACUUGGAUCCAUUUACGUGGUACCAGACCGAAGGGUUCAAUCUUACGUUCACAAAUGCCACUGUGGGUGGCCUUUCCCUUAUGGGCAUCAACUCGACUUGGGAUGACACUGCCCAGGCGAACGACAAUGUGCCUGCUCUUAACAAGGCCUUCCCUUACGGCACACAGCCGAUCCGCGGAGUCAAUUUAGGCGGAUGGCUGUCUAUCGAGCCCUUCAUUGUCCCGUCUUUGUUCAGCAAGUGGCCAUCUAGCGCUGGUAUUAUCGACGAGUACACCUUGACUAAAAAGCUUGGAAGCUCCGCAGCGGCCACGAUUGAGCAGCAUUAUGCCGAAUUCAUCUCAGAGUCAGAUAUAAAAGAGAUCAAGGAGGCCGGGCUGGAUCACGUCCGCAUCCCAUACUCCUAUUGGGCCGUGACUACCUACGACGACGACCCAUACGUCCCUAAGAUUGCGUGGCGUUAUCUACUCCGCGCAAUCGAGUGGUGCCGCAAAUAUGGACUACGGAUCAAACUCGACCUCCACGGACUGCCUGGCAGUCAAAAUGGCUGGAACCAUAGCGGCCGGCAGGGCAGCAUCGGCUGGUUGGCCGGUACAGACGGUACGCUCAACCGUAAGCGGUCGCUUGAGAUUCACAACCAACUCUCGCAGUUCUUUGCCCAAGACCGAUAUAAGAAUGUGGUAACGAUCUACGGUCUGGUGAACGAGCCACUGAUGCUCACCCUGCCCACCGAGAAGGUCCUAAAUUGGACCCAGGAGGCAGCGGAACUCGUCCGGAAGAAUGGUAUCACUGCCACUAUUGUCCUGCAUGAUGGGUUUCUGAAUCUCGCCAAGUGGGACAGCAUGUUCCAAACCCACCCGGACAACAUGUACCUCGACACCCAUCAAUAUACUACUUUCAACACGGGUGAGAUCGUGUUGAACCACACCGCCAAGGUCAACAUUAUCUGUAAUAGUUGGUACCCUAUGAUCAAGGAGAUCAACACGACUACUUCGGGAUGGGGUCCAACCAUUUGUGGUGAAUGGUCGCAGGCAGACACCGACUGCGCGCAGUAUUUGAACAACGUCGGCCGAGGUACUCGAUGGGAAGGGACCUACUCUACCACUUCCACGACGGCUUAUUGCCCAACAGCGGCCGAAGGAACGUGCAGCUGCUCGAAUGCGAACGAGGACCCAUCGGAAUAUUCGGAUACCUACAAGAAGUUCCUUCAGACAUAUGCCGAGGCACAGAUGUCUUCCUUCGAAACGGCAAUGGGAUGGUUCUACUGGACCUGGCGGACAGAGUCAGCCGCGCAGUGGAGUUAUCGGACCGCAUGGAAGAAUGGAUAUAUGCCAAGCAAGGCAUAUAGCCCUUCGUUUAAGUGUGGAGAUACAGUGCCUGACUUCACCGAUAUAGCGGAAAAUUUUUGA